GUGCGGCGAUCAGAGAGGCGCUGUCUCAGUGUGAGAGCAUCGCAGCAGCAUCAUGGCCAGCUCUUACCUUCAGGGAGUAGAGAUUUCUGCCUCUCAGUUCCUGGAUAUCUUUCAUCAUUAUGACAAUGACGGUAAUGGGUAUAUCGAGGGAAAGGAGUUACAGAACUUUAUUAAGGAACUUCAGCAAGCUCGGAAACAAGCAGGCCUGGAACUAACAGAGCAAAUGAGGGCUUUUGUGGAAGAAUAUGAGAAAAAUGCUGAUGGAAAAAUAGAUAUCAUUGAGCUGGUACAAAUACUACCCACAGAGGAAAAUUUCCUGCUAUUUUUCCGUCAACAGCUGAGGUCCUGUACAGAAUUUAUGGAGGCCUGGAGGAAUUACGAUGCUGAUCACAGUGGCUACAUUGAAGCUGAUGAGCUUAAGAAUUUUUUGAGAGACCUGCUUCAGAGAGCUAAGAAACCAUUUGAUGAGAAGAAGUUAGAGGAAUACACAUCAACCACGCUAAAAAUCUUCGAUUUGAAUAAUGAUGGGAAAUUGUGUCUGGCGGAAAUGGCAAGGCUACUGCCAGACCAGGAGAACUUUCUGCUGAAAUUUCAGGGAGUAAAAAUGGCCAGAAAAGACUUCAACAAGAUUUUUGAGUUAUACGAUAAGGACAGGAAUGGCUAUAUGGAUGAGAAUGAGCUGGAUGCCCUGCUCAAAGACCUGUGUGAGAAAAACAAAAAGGUUCUAGAAGUCAGCAAAAUCCCUAUAUAUAAGAAAGCCAUCAUGGCUCUGUCUGAUGGAGGGAAGCUCUACAGAACGGAGUUGGCACUGGUGUUGUGUGCUGAAGACAUGUGAGAUUCGUCCAUCAGUUAGCAUCUCUCAAACUCCUAAAUCCUCUCCAUCCACAUCCCACCGCCAGCAAAGCUCACUCAUCAUGUGAACAUAGCUAAACACUGGAUGUAUUUCUGUUCAUUUGAGGAACGUGUAAUGUACAGGCUGAGUGUAUGUAGGUACACAGACCAGAGACGGAUGCCACAUACUUUUCAAUCUAUUGUUUCUAUACCGUUUCUAAAUGUACAGAUUUUUGUAAAGACAAGAUUAAUACAAUACUUACAAGGACCAGAAUCUUGGUCGCUGCAUUCAUGAAAUAUGUCGUCACACCCAGAAGAUAUGAGAGAUUUCCCCCGAAAAUACUGAUGCUCCAUGUGUAUUAACCUUAUUCCGAUCAUAAUUCCACACAGAAUCAGUAAAUCAUUUCAUAAUAACAAAUUGAUCUACCUUAUAAUACAGCCAAAGCAAUAAAGUGGUAGAGGAAUGCGGAUGGGAUUAAAGUAUAAAAUAGGGAAGUACUUGUGUGUAAAAUGCAGCAGGCUAAAUUUCUGUUCGCAGUGCAUGUUUGCGACUGAAGGCAUAUCUUGCUGUGAGGCAUUAACAAUUCCAGCAAGAAUCUAUAAGCACAUACUACAUCUAUAUGAACUGCAUUGCCCCAGCCCACUCUCCAGUCUCAUAUUUCCGUAUUUGCACUGUAAUGAAUGACGUGCUGACCCCCAGUGACACUGUGUAUGAGGAUAUUGUACUUAAUAAAGCACUAUCUGAGCGAC